AUGCAGAUUCAUCAGUUUACCUCCUUUGAUCCAGCUAGCUCACAUUCAGUUAGGCCGCUUUCAUGUUUGGAUAAGUUAUGUAGUGAAUAUGGUCAGUGUGCUAAUAACAAUAGUCAAUGUGGAUUUUGGUGUAGCACUUCGGUCAAGGGACCGGUAUUUGAGGGAGGUCGAGCCAUCGACGAAAUUUUUGGAUUUGUCCAGGGCCACUCGUCUGUCUUGUCGCAGUUGAUAUCUCAAAAGGUUAUGCCCAAUGUUUUUUCCCACUGUUUGAGAGGAGACGAGGGAGGUAUAGUUGUUCUUGGAGAAAUUAUGCAUCCCAAUAUGGUGUAUAGUCCGCUCAUUAAUCCAACAGAGGCUUAUUAUAAGCUAGACCUCCAUAGCAUUAGAGUGAAUGACCAAACUAUAGCCAUAAAUCAAUCCGCAUUCAAGAUAUCAGAUACUCGAGGAACUAUUAUCGAUUCUGGUACAACAUUAGUAUAUCUACGAUCCCUUCAUAAUCGCAAUUACUAA